CCUGAAUAUGAUGGCUUCGAAGCAAACAAUCGCCUUUUUCGGCGCAACCGGUGGAUGCGCAGGUAGUUCCCUCGCCUGCGCUCUCCGCUCAGGCUACCACUGCACAGCGUUAGCCCGCACCCCAUCGAAACUCGUCAAAUGCCUCACAAUCGACCACGACAUCCCGGCGUCGGUGAUAGAAACCAACCUCACCAUCAUCCAAGGCGACGCAAAGACCGCCUCCGACGUCGCCCAGGCCCUUAUAUCUCCUACCAACAGCUCCCACGUGGUCGACAUAAUAUACUCCUCCAUCGGCGCGUAUCCCAAUUUCAAACUGUCCCUCACCACACCUUUCGUCCUGCCAGAUCCCACCCUCUGCACAUCCGGCAUGCGCGCCGUUUUCUCGGCGCUCUCAACCCUCGGCAUGCCCACCUCGUCCGGACGAAAACCCCUCCUCAUCGCUCUAAGCUCCACCGGCGUCAAUGGCAAGGCGAGGGACAUUCCGUUGCUGUACUACCCACUGUACAAGCUUCUGGCUGCACAACCGCACGCGGACAAACGCGGGAUGGAGGAGGUAGUGCUGGGCGACAAGGGUGAGCAUAUGCGGGACUUUGUCAUUGUAAGGCCGACGGCGCUGGUUGACGGGGCGAAGGGCGUGGAGAAGGUGAGAAGUGGGUGGGAGUGGGGUAUACAAGACGAGAAAAGGAGGGUGGAGAAAGAGGCUGGACCGGCGAUUGGGUGGACUGUUGGGCGGACUGAUGUGGGUGCGUGGAUAUUCAAGAACGUGGUAGAAGCCGGUGGGUGGGAGGGAAGGUGUGUUAGUCUGACGUACUGAGCUGGGGAGAUAUGGUGGAUUGUGAGACGUGGCUACAAUGGCGUUGUUUGUAUGACUGUUUGAGAAUUUUCUGUAUCUGAUCAUUGGAACCCUGUACAUAGGAAUAAUUAUGUAAC